CCAUUAAACAACAAAAUGUUGCUCUUUCUCCUCUUUGUAGCCCCUAUCAUUCUUAUUUUUCUUCUCUCUAAACCCAAAAAGAGUGCCACAAACAAUUUGCCACCAGGUCCUAUAGGUCAUCCAUUCUUUGGAAAUUUGCAUCAAUUAGAUAAUUUAACCCCUCAUAUAUAUUUUUGGAAACUUUCCAAUAAAUAUGGAAAAAUCUUCUCAUUGAAACUUGGUUCUACUCCAGUGAUUGUAGUUUCUUCAGCAAAAAUAGCAAAAGAAGUAUUGAAGACACAAGAUUUAGUAUUUUGUAGUAGACCUUCUCCUUGGCAACAAAAAUUGUCUUACAAUGGUCAUGAUAUCGGAUUUGCACCUUACACAGACCGUUGGAGGGAAGUGAGAAAAAUAUGUGUUCUUCACCUAUUUAAUCUCAAGAAAGUGCAAUCUUUUUGUCCAAUUCGUGAGGAUGAAGUCUCAAAAAUGAUUAAGAGAAUAUCUCAACAAGCUGCUAAUUCUCAACUCACCAAUUUGAGCAAUUUAAUGAUUUCGCUUACUAGUACAAUUAUUUGUAGAGUUGCUUUUGGUGUUAGGUUUGAUGAAGAAGGACAUGAAAGGAAGAGAUUUGAUUAUCUUUUACUCGAAGCUCAAGCCAUGACCACUAGCUUUUUUGUGUCUGAUUGUUUGCCCUUAUUAAGUUGGAUUGAUAAACUUACUGGAUUAACAGAUCGACUUGACAAAAUCUUUAAGGAUUUGGAUGAGUUUUAUGAAGAACUGAUUGAGAAACAUCACAAUCCCAAUAGACCAAAAUCCAUGGAAGGGGAUAUUCUUGAUCUUUUGCUUCAAUUGAGGAAAGAGAAGUCCACUCCAAUUGAUCUCACUUUGGAUGAUAUCAAUGGAAUUCUCAUGAAUGUGUUCGUUGCUGGAAUAGACACUAGUGCAGCUGCAGUAGUAUGGGCAAUGACAGCCUUGAUAAAAAAUCCAAAAGUAAUGAAGAAAGUCCAAAGUGAAAUCAGAGAAAUAAUUGGGAAAAAAGGCAUUGUGAAUGAAGAUGAUAUCCAAAAUAUGUCCUACUUCAAAGCCGUGAUAAAAGAGACAUUUAGAUUGUAUCCAUCAGGUCCAGUGUUAGUACCAAGAGAGACAAUGCAAAAUUCCAUACUAGAUGGAUAUGAAAUUAAACAGAAAACUAUAGUUCAUGUCAACAUUUGGGCAAUUGCAAGGGAUCCUGAAAUAUGGGAAAAUCCAGAAGAAUUUAUACCUGAGAGGUUCUUGAACAGCAAGAUCGAUUUCAGGGGCCAAAAUUUUGAGUUGCUUCCAUUUGGAUCAGGCAGAAAAGGGUGCCUGGGGAUGACACUUGGAGUUGCAGUCAUGGAACUUGCAUUAUCAAAUCUUCUUUAUGCAUUUGAUUGGGAAUUACCUUGCGAGUUAAGAAAAGAGGACAUUGACACAGAUGUUAGGCCAGCAACUACCAUGCACAAGAAAAAUGAGCUUUGCCUUGUACCUAAAAAUUACUUUUAAAUUAUACUCCAACGUGAAUUUAGUAUGAGUUCUUGAGGUAUGUUGAAUUCAUUGUUGCUUUUAACUCGAAUUAUGUAUACAUAUUCAACAUACUGGAAAAUCAAUAGUACAAUAUAUCAUCUUUUGGAACUUAUAUUUCAGAUUUAUAUUAUAUCAAACUUUUGU